UUCACAUCAGGUUCUAAUUCGAAAAAAUCCCCCCAAAACUGCGACUCGCGAACAAAACCUCCCCUACUCUCUGCGGUCCCCCGUACGCACACAUGUAUAUAUAUGGUAAAUCCGGCGAUUAAAACCAUCCGAAAUUGCGAUCAACGACAGAUGAUUAAAGCGUGCCCCACGUCACACUUGUGAAAUCUCGUUUGGCGAAGAAGCGAAGUGAUUUUAGUUAGGUAUUUUUCUGGCUUUGCCGGAAAUCGAUCAGUUUUUGAAGGUUCGUCGACGAUGUGUAGACGUGUGUGCCUCAUUUUUGCCGUUCUGGUUGCGGGCGCAACCUCCGACACCGACAUCGAAAUAGUAACGCGGGACCAAUGGGGCGCCCGCCCGCCGCGCAUGGUCGAACCGAUGGCCAACCCCGUGCCCUACGUCGUCAUCCACCACAGUUACAUUCCGGCCGCCUGCAACACCUCCGAGGAGUGCGUUCAAGCCAUGAAGUGGAUGCAGGACUUCCAUCAGUUAAACAGGUCGUGGAAUGAUGUAGGUUACAGUUUUGCUGUGGGUGGUGACGGUAAGGCGUACGUGGGAAGGGGCUGGAGUGCUGUGGGGGCGCACGCUCCUAAAUUUAAUAAUAAAAGUAUCGGUAUUUGCAUCAUUGGUGACUGGAGACAUGAGCUUCCACCAGUGGAGCAGCUGCAGGCUGUGCAACAGCUGAUAGACCUGGGGGUGAGGGAGAACAAAAUAAGUCCAGAUUACAUACUACUGGGCCACAAACAGGCGAGGUUGGGCACCGAAUGUCCUGGUGAUCGUCUUUACAAGGAAAUCCAGACGUGGAAAAACUGGCAACCGUCGCCAACACCGAAGGUUGAACCCAAGGAAGAGAUUGAUGAUGGGAAUAUCCUCAAAAAACGCACAGCAGAUAAUGCACAGUGAAAUUAUUCUAAUAUACAUUGAUCUGUUGGAUGGUGAAAUUGGACCAAAGGACUUUAAUAAUUUAAUGGUUGCAUGUUUCUACUUGUCUUGUGUUUACCAAAGUAUUAUUAGUUAUAGUGGUUAAAUCAUAGGUAUAUUAAUUUUAUAAUAAUAAAUAUGUAUAUUUUUAUUUACAACAAUAAACCAAAUUUCC